GCACCGUUUAGGCCUACUUUAUUUUAUUAAAGAACGUUUAUGAUGAUUUAUAUCGUUAGUACAAAAUACAGCUACAGUCAUAUUAACCCAAGUUGCACAUAGCCUAUACUGUUUUCACAUCAUUAUAUAUUUCAUGUUGUUGUAAUGUUACUGUUAAAUGUCCUGAAAUUUAUUUAACAAAGUAAGUUAUGUUUUUAUCACUAUUAUUAGUUGUAAGCGUAGUUGUAGGCAUAUGAAGUGGUGCGCUCUCAAAUACUUUUGUUCAGGCAUUAAAACAGCUACCACAGCUACCACGAGAGAUUUCGAACACAGCGAGCGGAGAGAGAUUUCAUCAUGGAGGAUGAAAACCAGACGCAACGAGAGUUGCUGAAGGAUUACGUUCUCCAGCGACUUCAAGACCGUGUGCUACAUGUAUUGGAGAGACAGCCUCUGGACACAGAUUAUUUGCAGUUUGUCUGCAGACAGGAGCUUGUACUAAUCAGUGCCUUGACUAAUAUAAUAAACAUUUCUGAGAAUGUUAUUUUAGCCCUUACACGUCUAAAUAUUGCGAUAAAUCGCCAGAUGGAUAGUGAAGAGGUGUGUGUAACAGUGGAUGUGGAAAGAGGUGGUGGUCGUGGACGUCCAAGAUUGACAAUUUCAACAAACACUCUUAUCCACCUUAUUGAACUUGGUUUGCCUUUAAAAUGUGUUGCCAAUAUAUUGGGAGUGUCUCGAGCAACAUUGCAUAGAAGGAUGGCGGACAACAAUUUGUCAGUUACUGCACUGUACAGCACUUCUACCGAUGAUGAGUUAGAUGCUCUUGUGACAGAAGUGAAGAACUCUAUGCCAGAUGCAGGAUACAGAAUGGUCCGAGGGGCUCUCCUUGUAAAAGGCCACCGGGUUCAGUGGGACAGAGUCGUUGCAUCUAUGCAUCGUGUGGACAGUGUUGGUGUCUUGUCAAGAAUGACCAACCUAAGAUGCAUUGCUCGAAGAACAUAUAAAGUUCCUUAUCCCAAGUACAUAGUUCAUGUAGACACCAACCACAAACUCAUCAGGUACAACAUUAUAAUCUUUGGAGGAAUAGAUGGUUAUUCAAGAAAGAUAAUGUACCUAAAGGUAGCAAACAAUAAUCGCUCUGACACCCAUUUGUCAAUCUUCAGUGAGGCUGUAAAUGAACAUGGGUUUCCGGAGAGAGUAAGAGGUGAUCAUGGAGGGGAAAAUGUGGGAGUGGCCCAGCUUAUGUUUUCAGUUCGUGGAACUGACUACAAUAGCUUUAUUGCUGGUAAAAGUGUACAUAAUCAAAGAAUAGAGCGACUGUGGCGUGAUGUCUACAUUGGAGUUACAAGCGUUUAUCAAAACAUCCUGCGCACCUUGGAAGAGAAUCACCUGUUGGACAUCAGUAAUAGCGUCCAUUUAUUCUGCUGCCAUUUUGUUUUCCUGCCACGCAUCCAGGAAAGUCUGGAUUACUUUUCUGGUGGGUGGGACAACCAUCCCAUGAGGACCGAACAAAAUCUCACACCCAAUCAGUUGUGGCAAGUGGGUCAGCUCCAAAACCCAAUCAUGGAUCCUGAGAUUGAUGUUAUGCCAGACAUUGAAUGGGAAAACAGUGGAUACAGUGAAGAGCAAAAUCAGGGAGUUAAUGUUCCAGAACUACACAUUCCAUUAACUGACCAUGACAUAUCAGAACUUAAACAAAUGAUUGACCCACUGCAACACUCGGAUUGUUUUGGAAUAGACAUAUAUCUUACCACUGUUCAGUAUGUGGAGAGCUUUACUGAAGUGAGGUAAUUGGAGACAUGAUUAUAUGGUCUUUCAAAAAAACCCAAAACAACAUAUGGUCAGUCACUAAGUAUUUUCCACAGUUACAUUAAUUAAGAAACAUUUGGUUAAUGUCCAAAUUUUUUGUAAUGCAACAUUUUACAAUUAUUUACAUUUCUUGCCAAAAUAAAUAUUACAAUUCCAAAUAAAUAUUACAAUCCUAAAUAAA